GUAACGCGGGAAUCUGCGCGGUAUCUUAUUAAUUUCGCGAGAGAAAUGGGCAAGGGAGGAAAAUGGAGCGAGGAACGGCGACAUUUAGCGGGGGGUUUAAGCGGAAUCCGCGCGGAGAUUCGCGGAAAAACGCGCUUCAGGUUUUCGCGGUACCCCGCACGGCCGACCCAGAGAGAAGAUGCCCCGAAGCGAAGCGAGACUCGACGGCGCCUGCGUGACCAUGUGACGCCAUUGGCGAACCGGGCAGCUCGUCCGCUAGACAUUCAGUCUCGCCUCAGCAUCGAACGAGGUUGUUUGCGUUCGCGGUGCGCACGUCGUUCGGUAAGCUACAUCACGGAAGUAGUCGAAGCUCGAGUUAAUCCGACGGUCGUCGCGCUAACCUAUUCGAACGCGGAAAACACGGGACACGGGAUCGCGCGAGGUCGAGGAAGAAAACAGAAACACCGCGGAGCCGGUUGAACGCUUUUGCUCCUUCUUCCGCCGGAAACGAAUCGGUGGAAAUCGAUCGAGGCCGAAGGACGAAAGGUGCGAAACGAGUGGAAGGAAGGAAGGAAGGAAGGGAGGAAGAUAAAGGAGGAAGAGAAGAACGCGGAGGAACGAGGGAAGCACGAUAGAGAGAUCCGCGAGGAGCUCGUUCCCUCUGCUGGUAGAGCUAUCGUUUGGACGGACGAUUAACACGCGAUACGCGCGCGCGCCUUCUCCAUUUUCUUUUUUCACUUUUUCCCCCGUUUUUUCUCCCGUACAUUCGCGGAAUCGACGGGCGACAGACGAUAACCCUGGUCGUCUCUCUCGUACCGUUCCAAUUAACGUUCCAGUGAUAAACACGUGUCUGCGAGAGUGCAGGAAAGGAAGAGAAAGGGCAAGCGGGUGAGGCGAGUUUGUUCGUUUCGCGUCUCAGACGAUGCUCCUGCCGUUCGGACGAGUGACGAGGUCUAACUAAGGGGACACAGGCGAGUCGAAUAUACGGUCGUUGGCGAUCCGGUGUGGUCGGUGCGUUCGACUCUCCGUGAUCAUCGCGGGGAGUACAUGCAACGAUCGGGUGCGUUGUCGCGUGUGUCGAUUCGUGGUUAUUCUUACUAUGCACACUGAGAGGUACCCGAUUACUAUGAGAGAAUGAGCUGCUCGGUGAAGAUUUCGUGUGGCAAGAGUUGGAGCGGAUCGCAGCGAAGGAUCAACUCCCUCGCGGAGGAAACGACGUGCCCUACGGCUGGAAGUGCGAGCUGCGCCGGCCUAGCGGGUCAACCGACCGCCGUUGCGUCCACGUCGGCGUCCACCACGGCCACCACGUCCACGCCGACCACCGCUAGCACCGUCAGCCCGAGCACGCUGACCAGCGGUAGCAGCCAGAGGCUCGCGCCGCCGCGUCCUGUCAAGUCGAUCGCCGCUAAAAAAGGGGAGGAUACCACUAAACUGCUCAAGUACAUCGACGAUAACGUCAUCGGCAAGAACGGCACGUUCUUCGGACCAUUCGGCCGCAGGAAAGUGGUCUACUGCGACUACACCGCCUCCGGAAGGUCGCUGCAAUUUCUCGAGGAGUACAUCGCGAAGGAGGUGCUGCCAUAUUUGGGCGACACCCGGGCGUCCACGUCCAUCUGCAGCCUCCAGUCUUCUCUGUUCAGACACGAAGGCAGAGACAUUGUUCGACACGCGGUCGGAGCUGGCGAGCAGGAUGCUGUUUUGUUCACGGGUCAAGGCACAGCGGCUGCCCUUCGAACGCUGCUGCGACACCUCGAUCUCUCCAAAUCCACCGUCGUCUUCGUGGGGCCAUUCGAGCACCACGCGAACCUGCGGCCAUGGCGAGAGUACGGCGUCAGGAUAGUACGGGUAAGCGAGACCCGGGAAGGCUUCUUGGAUCUGAACGAUCUCGAACGGAGCCUGAUCAAAGUGCGAGCCGAGGGUGUUACGCAAAUGAUCGGAUGCUUCAGCGCUGCCAGUUGCAUAACCGGGGUUUUGGCAGAUGACGUCGCCACGACCCUCCUGCUGCAUCAGUAUGGGGCACUUAGCGUCUGGGAUUACACCACAGCAGCCCCGUCCAUCCAGAUCGAUAUGAAUCCACAUCUGCCCGGCGUCGGGGAGACGACCGUGCACAAAGACGCGAUUAUUUUCGCCGGACACAAGUUCAUCGGCGGAGUUCAGUCCCCUGGCGUGCUCGUGACCAAACGGUCCCUGUUAAAAGAUAAAAUUGCCACGGAGGACAUGAGGGACUCCCAUCACUAUCAUCGGGAUCCGGAACUCCGCGAGGAGAGCGGCACCGCGGGUGUCGUCGAGACCAUCAGAUGCGGACUCGCGAUGCAGCUGAAGGAGAAUGUCACGCCGCGAGCGAUCGUCGCUCGUCAAGAUAAGAUUUCCAGGCAAGUGCUGGCACACGUACGCACGAUUCCGGAACUGAUUCUGCUAGGCAGCGGCUCGCAGAAUGUUAAGAGGCUGCCGAUCUUUUCGUUCAUGGUGCGUCAUCCACGGGGCACGUUCCUUCACCACAACUUCGUGUGCGCCGUGUUGAACGACGUGUUCGGUAUACAGGCGCGUGGCGGCUGCGCGUGUGCCGGACGUUACGCUCACGACCUGAUGGGAAUCGACCAGCAACUCGCCAAGGAGUACCAGAAGGCUCUCGUAGAGGGGGAACGGAACACCGUGAACGAGGAGACGAACGCGGAGGGCUUGAGGCCGGGCUUCGCAAAACUCUCCUUCCCUUACUUCAUGUCGGAGGCCGAGGUGGCGUUUGUUCUGGAGGCAUUGAAAAUGGUAGCGACGGAAGGUUGGAAAUUGCUGCCGCAAUACGUGCUGAACCCGGAUACGGGUGAAUGGCGGCAUCACACGAAUAGCGUGUUCAAAGAGCGAAAGUGGCUCAGCUCGAUCAGAUACACGGACGGGAAGAUGAACGCUUCCGAGAGACGGGUAUCCGGCUCGGGCGUGCUUCCGCAGAACUACGGCGAUUGUUUGCAGACAGCUCGGAAUAUUUUCAAUCGCGCCCGGAAAAUGGCGCAAAGGUAUCCGCUCCAGAUAGACCGUAGCUACAACUUCGUGUCCGAACGAUUGGAGUCGCUGCGAUGGUUCAUGCUGCCAAGCGAGGCCCAGGAUCUUCUUCUGGGCAACUCGCAGAACGUAAAGCAAGACGUGCCUUUCAAUCCGAUGCUAUCUUGGAGCAAGCACAGCAAUCAUCACACGCCGACCACCACGCACGACAGCCUGGUCAACUGCUUGGCCCUGGCUAAUAGCAUCCGUCGACUGAACAGCGACAUUCCCCGAACGGGAAACGCUCCGAUCUCGUCCAAUUCGCCCAGACAUCGGAGUCUUCCCGUACUCAGCACGGCCAGGAAAACUCUGAUGAACGCGGCAGAGUUCCAGACUUCCUCCUCGUCUAGCCCGGCGAGCGGCAACGAGGAGGAACGACACGCGUCGUCCACCGCCGUCGAUCGAAAUACCGACUCGGCCGGUCAGAGGUCACCGGCUACUUGCCCGAGUUCUCCGAUGCCCGUGAGGUUCGCGGUUGGCGAGGCGGUCACGCCAUCGGCCCUCGGCACGAUGCCCCACGCGGGCAACAGGCCAAUUAAAGAGCAGAGAGAUCUGAUGGACUCUGCCAAUGCCGGUCGUGCCAGGUGCAACUCCCUCGGCAGUACCACCGCCGCUGGGAACGAUUCGGGGAAUCGAAACGUCGCGUCCUCCUCGUCCUCGCCGAUCCCGCCGCUCCCGUUGAGCCCUCAGACGUUGACCAGCCUGGGCUUGAGCGGAAACAACGGCAACUCCUCGAAGCACAGGCGACACCAUUGCAGUUGCAGCAGUCAGACCGACUUGAAUUCUCUGGAGCUGGACAAUGGCAGCCCGAGUCACUCGAUCCUCUCCCUCAAUUGCCACAAUCCGACCUCGCCUCCCUCCUCCUACUCCUCCGUCAGCGAUUACACGGAAAAGUUCGUGGGCGGAGGCAGGUCGUCGCCGGUUUCCGCGAACGGUGGCCAAAGAUCGGAGGACGAUCUGAGAGCUUACGUGAAAGAGGUGACGAAGGAAUUGGCCACGGAGAUCAAGUCGGAGAUUCGAGAGGUGAUCUCCAAGGUGGACGAUGCGUUGUCGGAAACCAACACCUCCGAGAACACGCCGCAGCAUCAUUCGCGUAAUCUGAGCGCCAUCAGCCAGCUCUCCGUGGAGGACAAACAAAUGAGACACGAUUCGUUCACCGCCAGCGACAUCGCGGAAUACCUGAUGGAAUUCUCGAAGGAAAUGGCCAGCGAGGUAAAGUCCGAGAUCAGAUGCAUGGUGAACGCGGUGGACGGAUUGCACAGACACUCGCCGGAUGCCUCGGCAUCCGACGUGUCCUCGAACGGAUGCGGCUCUCCGGACAGAGGGAGGAUCGUACAGUCCUCGUCGUCGCCAAGAAUGUCUAGCGCGAGACGAAGCGGACCAAUAGAGAUCUCUGGCAAGGUCGGCGAGCUGACUCAACAGGAGAGCAAGAUGUCCAGCGAGUGCUCCUCGGACGAGACGGUGAUAUACGUGAUGAAACCGCCGGAGAACGAGCAGAUGGUUCGCAAUCAAUCGAAGACGGACGACGAGGAGGUGGUGCACGAUUUGGACGACGAUCUGAACGACGACGAUUCUCAGGAACGCGGAGGCCUGGAGAUCGGCGACGCGCGAAAGAUCCUACCGAAAAUUUAUUCCGCGGUAAACUCGGUCAGUUCGCAGGACAGCGGGAUCAAUCUGUCCUUCCACGAGAGCGACAAGUCUCUGGACUCGGUGGACUUGAAACGCAGCAGUAGCGCCGAGUCCAAUUCCACGAACAGCUACGGUCGCAAACCGAGGGCGACUUCGAUGACCGCUUUGUGCAGCAAGGCCAGUUGCAAGCAACAAGUCCGUCAGAACGACGACUUCUCCGAGGACGAGGAAUGCUCGGGCGACUUGAAGGAGGAGGAGGACGGGGACCAAGGUGCAACGUUCGCGGACGGAAAGACCGUGGAAGGGUCUCGACCGCAAUGGCAUUGCCCGCCGAAGAACAUUUGGAAACCGUCAGUGGAGGCCAUGCAGGAAUUCGAUAUGAUUCGGGACAACGACAGAGUACUGGUUUGCUUGUCGACCAACGGCAAGGGUUCCUUGUCCUUGCUGCACACGUUGCACCAGUAUCGAUUCUACGUGAGGUCGAAGGGCGUGGACUUUGAGAUCGGAGCAGCCACGGUGGACGGAAACAGGUUUGACCCGCUGGAACUGAUGACUUACCUGAAGGCCCUUGACGUCCCGUACUUCUACGAGGAGCAGAGCAGCGAGUCGAAGUGCAACAGCGGCGAGAGUCACACGGACGAGGCUGUGGAUGCCAGCGGAGCUUGCAGCUUUUGCAACCGAGCGACCAGGGCACAGUUAUACGCGAUCGCCAAGCGGCACAAUUACAACGUGCUGGCUUUGGGCCAGCAUUUGGACGACCUGACCGAGGGUUUCUUCGUUUCGGUGUUCCACGGUGGCAAGCUGAAAACCAUGAAAGCCCACUACUACAUACGCCGCCAGGAUCUCAGGGUCAUCCGGCCGUUCGUGUACGUACGGGAGAAGGCGUUGAGGCAAUUUGCCGACGGCAAGAAGCUAUUGGUUUCACGGGAAACCAGGUCAAGUGACCUUCCCGAGAAGCAGAAACAAAGCAAGGAGCUGAUACUCCAGCAGGAACGCGCCUAUCCUCGACUCUAUUCCUCUCUCAGAACUGCCUUGCGACCCCUGAUCGACGCUCAUAGGCAGCUGAUCGACCUGGACCUCGCAACGGCGAUGGGCGGCAACGCGGCCAGCAAUUCCAGCGGCUCCGGUUGCAGUUCCACAGGCGGCAGUACCGGACCGUCUGGCGCUAGUAGUCAGCAGAAGAGACAGCGGAGAGUGAAGACGAAUUCGGUUUCAACGGCCGCGGUUCAGUGCCAGGGAAAGGAGCACGACGACAACGAAGAGACCGACGAAGAACCGGUCCUUUGAGGGAGACCCGUCGCGAGAUGGGAUUUCAAUCGUUCUUCGAUCUCAUCCUCGCAUCACCGUCGAAAGCUACCGUUGUCGGCGUGCUCCGUAGUCAGGAGGAGGCGAAUGCGUUUCGCCGGUGCUGCCGUCACCGCGAAGAUUCAGGAUCCUGAGGGUGAAUGCUAAGCAACAUCGAUCCUAUGCUCCAUUAGGCGCGAUCGAUCGUCAGAGGGGAAGGAUCGCGACGAAUGAAUCGAUGAUGAGAUAGACACACACACGCGCGCGCGUGCGCGCGCGUAUGCACACACACAACACACAUAUAUACACGCGCGUUUAGUUCGACGAAGACGCAUCCGGUCUUCUGGACUAACUUCUGCUAGGCUACUCUUCUGCCAGUAGCGAUCGCAAGAUCGUUUUUCUUUUUUUUUCCCCCCCCCGUUUAUCGGACGGUCGAUGCGUAGCAGAGGUUGUCGAAGUUUUGUCCGUUCGCCCUCUGCCGCGCGCAAUCGCGCGAUUCACCGAAGCUUCGCCGAGCUUCCGUGAACGCGUUCUCCGGUUCUCCAUCCUUCGGUACGAAGACGCUCUAACGGAUAAUUUGAUUUCGCGUCGUGAAACGUUUUGGUUUAGCACGGGCGUGCGCAAAGGAACGCCGAUGCACGAAAGUAGGAUACUCGCUCGAGCCACGGACGCGACGACGGACAGGACCUUCGCGUUCCCCACGAGUCGGCCAUUGUUCGGCGCGACGCGAUCCUGACGCCCGUCGUCGCGGAUCGUUCGAUAUCUAACGAUAUAAAUUGCUUCGUAAGCUACUUAAACAGAACGUUGUGCGCGGUUAAAUGUUACUUACGUAAGGACACUUAGCGUUUAAUAAUCACCAACAUGUUGAGACUUCGGUUGACUUUUCGAGUUCGGAGCACGCGAACACUGUGGAGAGUUGUGUGUGGGCCGGGCUGCUGCAGAGUCCGGUCUGACGAAAAGAGACGGAAACUGACGUUUGAAAUCGGAACGAGAGAUAUACGAUGCGCGAAACGAAAGUGAACACGUGAUCGAAGAAAGCAAUUGGACUUAAAGUGUAACGGGAUCGCACCGAGGGAACGAUGAAGGACGAUGCGACUUGAGAAGCGGCAAAACCUCGACUGCUCAAGGGACCGUGCAGCUCAGCGUACGAGGGACACUUGAUUUUUUAUAUAAUUGUGAUUUGAUAAACCAACGAGCCUCGUGUCUCGCGCCAGUGACGAUUAGGGUUAGUCGCUUAAGAUACCAAAUUUUUGUAAAAUCGUGCUCACUCGUCGAGCAUUUUACCGAUGAUCGAACGUGAUUCUACGCACGAUGUCUUUCAAUAGGAGAGAGAAUUGAAAGGAUUUCAGGGGAUAUAGGGCUUCUGUUGUCGUUUCGAAUCCAUAGGAUGUUCAUUUUUUUGCGGUCAAGAAAAAUGUCGUCCUUGCCGAUUCGCAAGCGCCGAUUCCGCAUUGCGGAAACUACGAGAAAAUAGGGGGGUUGUGUGUGUGUGG